AUCAUAAUCUAUCUAUCUAACACUACUAAAAGGGAAAUAAGCAGAGCAUACAGGAAGCCACGUAGGAUUUUUUAUUUGGCCAAUCAGGUUCAUUCUUUAAAACACGUCAGACAAAUCGAGUAAGAGAUUUCGUGGGCCUGCUGAUUUUUCUUUGGGAGGGCGUACUGAUCUCGGUUUGGGCUUUAAUGGGUUGCGAUUCGGGCUUCGGUUUGAUUAUUCUGUAUCGCGUGAUGAGCCGACAUCUAAAGGUUACGCUUCUCCUCACCAUUAUCGCUUCGUGUUCUCCGAUCAAAAAAGAGAACCGUAUACUCCAGCGAUUCAAUCCUAAGCUAUCAAUAGUUCCGUUUCGAUCAAUCAAUACCCCCUUCAUUAUGAUUUCGUUUCACCUCCCUCUUUUCAUCCUCUUAUAUAAUUGAUCUUUCUUCUCCGUAGAAUGCAAAACCCUAGAAAACUCAGAUCUUAAGAUAUGGCGAUGAAACGACAUGGAAAGUCUCCUGCUUCCUCCGGCUCUGACGAAAAAGUGAUGUUCUUCAGAGAUGUCUCUCUAGGUCCUCAUGAAACCCGUCUGCGCUUUCGACUCAUCCAUUUUUGGGAGGCUCAGAACCCGGUGAAGAAGACCCUUAUUGGCCUGGAGAUGCUUCUCAUCGACGAGCAGGGAACUGUCAUUCAAGGAUUCAUCCCACCAGGACGUAUUAAAAAAUACUUGCCUGAGAUGAAGCGAGGUUCAGUUUACGAACUCAUCAACUUCUACGGAUCGAAGAACAAACCGAUGUACCGGGUUGCUGAUCAUAUCGCAACUGUGUCCUUCGCAUGGAACUCUGAGUUGUCGGUCCUUCACGACAUUCCAAUCCCUUUUGAUGAAGACCGUUUCAGGAUGCAUUCGUAUGAGGAUUUUGAGGCCAACUGUGAUCUGAAAGGUGACCUCUACGAUGUUCUUGGCCACAUGAAGCUGGUCGAUGGACAGUGUGUUACCGAGCGUCCCAUUAUUGAUGAAGCGAAGGUUGCUACAACGAGGCACAUCAUGAUUCAUGUGCAAUCACAUGAAGGACCUGUCAUGAAGCUCUACCUCUGGGACCAGACAGCAACGGAUUUUUGCAAGAAGUUUAAGUCCUCUGAAAAAACUCCCACAGUUCUUUUGGCCACAGCCGUUAACACUAAACGUCUCGGAGGUACCCUGGCAUUGAGUUCUAUGUCUCCUACACGGGUUUUCAUGGACAAUGAUGUUCAACCAACAAUUGAUUACCUAGCCUGGCUCUCCUCAAACCCUGAGAUUGCUAAGCAGGUUAGUGCAGAGGUGGUCACUAAGCGGGAGACGAUGACUAUAUCUGACAUAUUCUCUUACAUGACGAUGGAAUCUGCAAAGGAUGCCUUCUUUGAGUGCACUGCUACCAUUGAUGAUGUGGUUCAUGGAUCUGCUUGGUACUAUAUUGCAUGCACUGGGUGUCAUAGUAAGGCUACCAAAGGCGCAAACUCAUUGAUUUGCACGAACCCAAGAUGUGUGAAGGAUACCACAGCUGGAGUUGCACAGUACCGUGCAAAGAUUUCGGUUUAUGACAGCAGUGAACAAGGAUUUUUUGUCCUGCUUGGUGAUGCUGGUUUCCAAUUGACUGGGAGGCACGCAUCUGAGUUGGUCAGCAGCUACUUUGAGGCCAAUAAAGACAAAGGCCCUGACCAUGAAGUGCCUGUCCCGGAAGCUCUGAUUAGCAUAAUCGGACAGACCCAUAAGUUUUGUGUAAAAGUUACAGACCACAACUUCUCUGGCAACACCCGAGCUAUCACUGUCACCAAGAUCCUCCCUCCAGAGACACCAUCACCCACAGAAGCCUCUCUUGGAGACGCCAUUGCUGCAACGUCCAUGGAAGCAGUGCAGACUGGAAGUGAUAUGUGUGAGCCUUCAAACAGCCGUGGAGAUUCUGCAGAUGAAGAGGGUAAGAGAACGUUUGACAGUGUUGAUCCAGAGAAAGUCAAACGGGCAAGAUGUGAGAAAUGAUGAUUCAGUUCGAUGAUGCUUAUGUUUUUGCAUUGAACUUCAAGUAUUACGUUGGUUUUUGCACUUUUGCUUCAGUUUAAGUACUAUUUUGUUUUUAACAAGACUUUGCUUUGUUUCAUUUCAGACCUUGGCUUUUAAUCAAUUGAACUAUCCUUUCUAUA